CGAUCACAUUCUCUGCAAAUCAAAAAUUAAAUUGAGUAACAUUCCUUUUUAAGAUAAUCGCAAAUGGCUCGUACCAAGCAAACCGCAAGGAAAUCCACCGGAGGAAAGGCUCCAAGGAAGCAGCUCGCGACGAAGGCGGCGAGGAAAUCGGCUCCGGCUACCGGAGGAGUGAAGAAGCCACACAGAUUCCGUCCAGGAACGGUGGCGUUGAGAGAGAUCAGGAAGUAUCAGAAGAGCACAGAGCUUCUGAUUCGCAAGCUUCCUUUCCAGAGACUUGUUCGUGAGAUCGCUCAGGAUUUCAAGACGGAUCUGAGGUUCCAGAGCAGCGCCGUCGCGGCUCUUCAGGAGGCAGCUGAGGCUUACUUGGUUGGUCUGUUCGAGGAUACUAACCUUUGUGCGAUUCACGCUAAGAGGGUUACAAUCAUGCCUAAGGAUAUUCAGCUUGCGAGGAGGAUUAGAGGCGAGAGGGCUUUUGAUUUCGUAAUGGCUAGAACCAAGCAAACAGCUAGGAAGUCCACCGGAGGCAAAGCCCCAAGGAAGCAGCUUGCGACGAAGGCGGCGAGGAAAUCCGCUCCGGCCACUGGUGGAGUCAAGAAGCCGCACAGAUUCCGUCCAGGAACUGUGGCUUUGAGAGAGAUCAGGAAGUAUCAGAAGAGCACUGAGCUUCUGAUCCGUAAGCUUCCGUUCCAGCGUCUGGUUCGUGAGAUUGCUCAGGAUUUCAAGACGGAUCUGAGGUUCCAGAGCAGCGCCGUCGCUGCGUUACAAGAGGCGGCCGAGGCUUACCUUGUUGGUCUGUUCGAGGAUACUAACCUUUGUGCGAUUCACGCCAAGAGGGUCACCAUCAUGCCUAAGGAUAUCCAGCUCGCAAGGAGGAUCAGAGGUGAAAGAGCUUGAAGACUCUUGUGCGAUCUAGCUUUGUUUAGUUCGUUAAUGGGCAGUUUAUUUCUGGGAUUUUUAUUUGCGUUUAGCUAAUGGGUUCUUAGAAGUGUAGAGCUUUGCUCGUUUCUUAUUCUGGGUUUGUUUAGAUUACGCCUUUGUUAGGAUAGUACUCAAGAUGUUCGACGAAAUGUCCCAACCAGAGUUUCUUUUGUUUAUUAUAACUUAUUGCCCAAUUUACUUGAAAUAUUUUGUUUUUCUUUAAUU